AUGCCUGCCACGACGGCGGAAACACUAUCCCUCGUCAACCGCUCCGUGACGGUUGCCCCGUUAGUCCUUCUCUCUGUCGCAGAUCACUAUGGACGGACAGCCAAGGGUACCCGGAAACGUGUUGUAGGUGUGCUGCUUGGUGAGAACUCGGGUGACAAUGUUCGGGUAUCAAACAGUUUUGCCGUGCCCUUCGAGGAAGAUGAGAAGGACCCAUCCGUAUGGUUUUUGGACCACAACUUCGUUGAGUCGAUGAGAGAUAUGUUCAAGAAGAUCAACGCUCGUGAGAAGCUAGUCGGCUGGUACCACUCUGGUCCCAAGCUGCGCGCUUCGGAUUUGGAGAUCAAUGAACUGUUCAAGAAAUACACUCCCAACCCUUUGCUGGUCAUUGUUGAUGUGCAACCGAAGGAGGUUGGCGUGCCUACAGAUGCUUACUUUGCCGUGGAUGAGAUCAAGGAUGAUGGCACAACAACCUCCCGGACAUUCGUGCACACCCCAUCGAUAAUUGAAGCCGAAGAAGCAGAGGAGAUCGGCGUAGAGCACCUCCUCCGAGACAUCAGGGACGUUGCAGUGGGCACACUUUCCACUCGUAUCACGUCGCAGCUGCAGUCACUGCAAGGAUUGCAUCUGCGACUACGCGAUAUCGGCCAGUACCUCCAGAAAGUCCUCGACAAGGAACUGCCCGUCAACCACGCCAUCUUGGGCAACCUCCAGGAUGUCUUCAAUCUCCUUCCCAACCUCGAGCUAGCUCGCGCAAUGAGUGUCAAGACCAACGAUCAAUUGAUGGCCAUCUACAUCAGCAGCUUGAUCCGUGCCAUUACCGCCUUCCACGACUUAAUUGAGAACAAGAUUCAGAACCGACAACAGCAGGAGGAGAGUGACUCAAAGCGGGAGCAGGAGAAUGCGGUCAAGGGAGACAAAGACGUUAAGAAGGCCGGUUCGCCAACUGGCGAUCAGAAGGAGGACCAGGAUAGCUCCGACAAGGGCAAGAAGAACUAA